UUUGUAUCAUACGGUGUAAAUUAUUGCAAUCAUCGUGAACUAGCGGAUCUCAAAAGCCAAGUCACUUCUGGAAGUAUCGAUCUCGAAUUACUCGGUACUGAUUUUGAAGAUCGAAUGCGCUUGAUUAAGAUGCGUAUUCUGCUUGAAAUUGAGGAGCGGGACGUUCCUGAUUGUCAUUCAUCUAUUAGUAGCACCGAAACACAACUGAGGCGGCCACUUAUUAUUAAUCUGUAUCAUGGAGAGGUCGAGGAUUUUGAUCAAGGUGAUGCCGUUUGGGACCGACCGGUAAGCCCACUGGAAGAGGCAGUAAUGCUGUAUUCUUUACAUGAAGAAUAUCCCUACCUUGAGUUUCAACUUGACUGUGAAAGAACCAUACUCGCAGAGAUUAGCGGAGUAUCUCAAAUAUUCCAACAUUUGUCGGUUUGGAAACCACCGCUCAUUGGACACAACUGUUUGUUGGACCUCAUGUACAUCUACAAUUGUUUCGAAGACGAUCUGCCAGGUGUUCUGUUUGAUUAUUCCUUUAUCUUCCGUGUGAAUAAAUCACUAAAAAGGUAA